GGGACUGAGGUGCCUGAGUCAGGCUGGGGGUUGGGUUACCUCAGUUACAGGAAGUCGAAGAUUUAUUUCCUCUUUCCAAACAAACGAAGGCAGAGGGUAUAGGGUUGAUUGAGCAGGCAGCUGGUACCGACACAGAACCAAGCUGGACUCCGGGCGGAGGCUGCUCUGUCAUGAGGUUGGCUGUGCUCUUCUCUGGGGCCUUGCUGGGUCUACUAGCAGCCCAGGGGACAGGGAAUGACUGUCCUCAUAAAAAAUCGGCCACUCUGCUGCCAUCCUUCACGGUGACACCUACAGCUACAGAAAGCACAAGCCCUGGAACAACCAGCCACAGAACGACCACUUACACAGCUAGCACCACUCAUAAAACUAGCACCACAGGCACCACCAGCCACGAGUCUUCAACAGCCACUCAAGCCACUCACCAUCCUGCUACCACCACCAGCCACGAUUCUUCAACAGCCACUCAAGCCACUCACCAUCCUGCUACCACCACCAGUCACGGAAAUGCCACAGUUCAUCCAACAAGCAACAGCACUGCCACCAGCCCAGGACCCUCCACCAGAUCCCCCCGCCCAGGACCACCUCCACCCUCUCCAAGUCCUAGCCCGGGCUCCAAGGAGGCGAUAGGAGACUACACUUGGACUAACGGUUCUCAGCCCUGCAUCCGGCUCCAAGCCCAGAUUCAGAUUCGAGUUCUGUACCCAACGCAGGGUGGAGGAGAGGCCUGGGGAACUUCUGUUCUGAACCCCAACAAAACCAAGGCCCAAGGGGGCUGUGAGGGUGCUCAUCCCCACUUGCUCCUCUCAUUCCCCUAUGGACAGCUCAGCUUUGGAUUCAAGCAGGAGCCACUGCAGAGCACCAUCUACCUGAACCAUGUGACUGUGGAGUACAACGUGUCCUUCCCCCAGGCAGCGCAGUGGAUAUUCUCCGUUCAGAAUUCAUCCCUUCGAGAUCUCCAAACCCCUCUGGGCCGGAGCUUCAGUUGCAGAAACGCAAGCGUCAUUCUUUCACCAGCUUUCCACCUUGACCUGCUCUCCCUGAAGCUACAAGCUGCUCAGCUGCCCCCCACAGGGGCCUUUGGACCAAGUUUCUCUUGCCCCAGUGACCAAUCCAUCUUGCUGCCUCUCAUCAUUGGCCUGAUCUUACUCGGCCUCCUCACCCUGGUGCUUGUUACCUUCUGUGUCAUUCGGAGACGCCCACCCACUUACCAGCCCCUCUGAGCAUUUGUCCCAACAGCCAGGGCACCAGGAGGUGCCCUCAUUUCUCACCACUCAACUGACUCAGAGACAAAGUUAUCUUCCUUCCCUGUCUUGAUGAACAAAAGUAGACAUAAUGCAAUCGGGAGGGAUGAGGAGACAGAUGUUUAUUAAAUAUGACUGAUUCCCCCUCCCCCAUCUCCAGUGGGAGAAUAAUAAAACUUGAUCAAAUCUU